GCAUAGUCUUUAGUCUGAAAUCUGGAUCCAUCGGCAGCGGAAUGUCUAUUACUUUCUGGUUUUACUUGUGCGCUUCAAUCAUUUCGGUGCUGGCGGCCCAUCUUCCGGAACACAAUUGCGAUUCAUACUUUACAUAUAGCACCAUGGACAUGGGAAAAACAUAUAUAGGCGUUUUCACGGCCCACAGAGCCUACAUUACUUCGUUCUACUGGGAGGCAGAGUUCUCUGCUCGCGGACGUGAAGAUCAAGUCGACUAUCUCAAUCCGUACCCCGACAAUGAAGAGUGCUAUGCCAAUAUCAGAAGGGGAAAUCGCGCUGAAAUGUUCCUGAUUUUCCGAAACAUUACCACGGAGGUGCCCAAGCUGAUCAAAUUUACGCUGAAUGGAGAGACCCUGUGCACCAACGAAAAGUACCCCCCACUCAGUAUCACAACUCGCGUAGCUCGGAGAAUGACUAUCGAUGAAAUACCCUCAGCGAUAACAUUUAGAAAAAAUGUUUGAAUUGAAGAGAGCGUUUUUCACAGU